AUGGAGGCUAGGGUCUUCGGGUUCCUCCCGGACGAGGUGUACAAGGCACUCUCUGCCCAACCGUGGCGAGAACGGACACAGGCUGCCCAUGCCCUGCUUGACGGCUUGCAAGGACUUGGGCCAAGGGAGAUACCUUCGGUACGGAGACACCUUGCCAAGCUCUGUGAUGUGGCUACCAAACUGCUGGCUGAUCCAAAGUUCAAGGUCGCUCUCACAGGCUUGCACAUCAUCGAGUGCUUGGUCCUCCGCUUUGGUCCGGCUCUCAAGCCGCUGCUCUCGGUCCUUGUUCCCCGUCUUGCUCACGAACUCGGUGGCAAGCAUGUGGUAUUUGUCUCGGCUGUCGUCAAGGUCUUUCACGAUCUGUAUGAUGUCCUUGGUCCGCUCCCGGUCGUCGUCCAUCUCGCAGAGCAUCUCGAGACCUCGCCACCGCAUCGCGUCGUCGAGCGAUCGCUCAACCUCCUCAUCUCUGCUCUGCUGCUCUUUCCCGACGCCCGCGUUCCCUAUGCCUCGCUCCUCCGCCCAUUGCUGCGCCUCCUCACAGAAAACGGUCUGGAGCUCGGCGAACAGCCGCGGACUCGCGCAGGCGUCAUGGUUCUCGAGUUUCUGGCUAUCGCAUACACCGACGUUGGCGAGUCGCUCAUCGACGAGCUCGCCCGCUUUGCCCCGUCGGACGCCGCGCUCGACGACUUGCGUGUCCUCAUGGUCGCCACCCCGCUGCCCACCAUCACAGAAGACGGUGUGGUCUCGGCCUCCCGCACCCCACACCGCCGCCGCUCCUCCCGCCGUGCUCUGCUUGCACCGGACACCUUGUACCGCGACCAUAGCGGCCGUGACGACCGCGGCGCACGCGACGGCCCGGCCUACACCCCGCCAUCAAGCCACCGCCGUGCCAACACCUACGACGCGUCGCGAUCUGCCCCGUCGUCGCUCCGUACGGAUGCCAAUGGCCGCAGCACGCGUUCGCCGUCGUCGCCCUACGUUUCGCCAGCCGACCACUCUUCAUACGCUGCCCGCCACGCCUCGUACCGCGCCGCACGCGACGCCAGUUCCGGCCCCAGCUCGGUCCUCUCCCGCCGCAACGCCCCGCCGUCGGUCCAGCCGCUCAGAGUGGACCGCUCGCAAGCAUCAGACCACCCGCAUGCCGGCGGUGCAUCCUCCUCGUCAUCUCGUGGCGUCUUUCGCGCAUCCUCUAUUCACGGCCGCGACAUCAUGCUUGACGACGCCGAUCAGUCCCGUCGCCGCGUCGCCCCGCGCACCUUUGGCGGCCACAUCAAGCGUACCCGGAGCUCGCGCGAUGCCAUCGUCGACCCGUACGACCUCGACGAAGCGGAGCCUACCCGCAGCAGCGGAGGCGGCGGCGGCAAGCACAAGCGCCGCAUGUCCACCCCACGGCUCGGCCUCAUCAAGCGCCGUGCCUCCCAGCGCAUGGCCGCUCGCCGCGAGUCGGUCGACUCUUCGGCCCAGUCCGCGAUCGCCUUUGCGCCCAAGUCCGAGCCACGGCUCGAGCCCGAGCCCGAGCCCACUGCAGUGCGCACCCCAUCUCAUCGCCGCGGCUCCUCGCGUCGCCGUACCUUGUCGCUCGUCCCGGAUACCUCCCUCGCCGUCUCGAUCCGCUCGUCGUCGACCCGCUCCCCAACCGACUCGGGCCACUCGCCAUCACCGAUGCCUUCACAUGCAGGCUCGUUCUCGCCAACCGCCGACCGCCGCCGCGCGGCCUCCAUUGCUGUAGCUCCACUUGCGGAGCAAGCCUCCGACUCUCAAAUCCCACUCCGCCGCCGUCGCAAGAACUCGGUCAGCUCGGCCUCUUCGCGCCUCGACUCGUCAGUGCCCAACAUACCGCUGGGCGAUUCAAUGUCAUCGACAGCCAGCGGUCGCCGCCGCCGCCGCAAGCCGUCGCACAGCCCAGAUCCUGACCACGAGCCGGCCCGCACCUCCAGCUAUCGCCGCCGCCGCAAGCGCUCGGUCGACCUCAACCGCAGUGUCUCGCCACAGUUGAUGCCGUCGUCGAUGUCCUCGCGGAUGUCCGACGUCGACUCCAAUGCAGCCGAGGCUGAAGCCGGGUACAGUUCAAGGCGGCCGUCCCGGCGGAUGUCUACCGCCUCGACCAAGUCCAUUGUCUCGAUGAGGUCGUAUGCCGGCGCCGCUGCAUCACCCAAAAUCGACAAUGCCGAACAAGUUCCAACCGAGCUGCUACAGCCGGUCGAUGGUGACGUCGACGCCGCUCUCGAGCACGCGCUCCACGAUGCGUCUACAGCCAAGGAGUGGGAGGUUGCGUUCCGCGCCCUUGAGCUCCUUCGCCGCAUUGUUGUCCACUCGCCCGACACCGUCGUGGCCGCCUCGGACGGCGUCCCGCGCCUGGUCGAGGCCACCCGGACCUGCGUCGCCAACCUCCGCUCCUCAGUCUCACGCGCAGCGCUGUUGCUGCUCGAGAACGUGUUUACCCACCUCGGCCGCCCCAUCUCCUCACAUCUUACCGGCCUGGUUCCGGACCUUGUUAAGAAGGCUGGCGAAUCGUCGACCUUUAUGCAGGAGCAGGUCUACUCGACCCUCGAGGCCAUGGUCACCCACGUCGCACUCUCGCGUGCCAUCGGCACCCUCUGCGGCGAGGCCGAGUCCAAGAACAAGCUCAUCCGUGCCGCCGUCGCCCAUGCUUUUACCCAGCUCGUUGUCCACCGCGGCAGCCGGGCCCUCCACGCCCGCGACGUCGGCGACCUCCUCGACAUUGUCGCCAAACAGCUCAAGGACCGCGACUCCAAGGUCCGCGCCCAUGCCCGAGCCACUGCUAAGGCCUGCUAUGAAGCCACUCCGGACUUUAGCUCGAUCCUCGCAUCGCACCUAUCGUCGUCGGCAGCAUCUGCCUUUGCCGCCGCAAACAAGUAA